AUUACGACCAACAACCUCCCCGGCUGCACUUGUCGCGGCUGUCAGGCUCUUUGCAAGGAGGCUUGUGUCCUUGAAAUCAACGAGGACCCAGAACUGGCCUGCGCCAUCUUCGACCGUACAUCUGAGAUGCGCUGGAUGGCUCCUUCACCUCCUAAAGAUCACAGCGACAAGAAGAUUGCCAUCAUUGGCUGCGGUCUCCGGGCUUGA